AUGGCGAUUAAGAGAAAGCUCGAAUCUGAAUCCAACGAGUCGUCAGAGCCUCCGCAGAAGCAGCAGCAGCAGCAGCAGCAAUGUAAAGAAGAGGAUCCGGGAAUCAGAAAUGACGAUAAUCAGAAACCCGGCGAUGUAAAAAUUGAACGCGACGGGGUAGAGGAGGUUAAAGGAGAUGUCGAGGUUGAUACGUCUGGUGAUCAGACGGAGGCGGCGACGUCGUCAGGAUCUGGGAAUCGGGGAGGUGAGGAGGAGGACGACAAUGAGCCAAUCGGAGAUCUAUUGGAACCGUUUACAAAGGAUCAGCUGUUGGUUCUUCUCAAGGAAGCGGCGGAGAGGCAUCGCGAUGUGGCUGAUCGAAUCCGGAUUGUGGCCGAUGAGGAUUCCGUUCACC